AAAAUGGUCAUUUUGGUUUCUGAAAAGAAGUACAUUUUCGUGACUACUACAUAUUCUGAAAGAGAUAAAAGGGGUUUGCUCAGACGAGAGAGAAAGGGAAAAAGAAGAAGACGGAAAAGAGAGAGAAAGGAGCCGUUCGAGUGGUCCGUCUCAAAUCUCAAUCUUCCGUUCGCGAGUGAAGAAGGAAUUUAUAUGAUAGUAGCCGGAGCAUAAAAACCAUGGUGUCGGACCAAGAGAUAGCCAAUGGCGUGGAGACGGUGAUCAAUCAGUCGGACCCGAACGCCGCCACCUCGCUAAACGGCGUCGUUCAGCAGCUGGAGGCCAGGCUAGGGGUCGACCUCUCGCACAAGGCGGAAUUCAUCAGGGACCACAUCACCUUCUUCCUCCGCGCGAAUCCCGUCUCCAAAGGCCAGCUGCCCCCUCGGUCUCCGUCCCAGUUUUACCCUAACGCGCUCUUCCCCCAGCAAUUUCACCAGCCUAAUUUCUCCCUCCACCAACAGCAGCAGCAGCUGGCGCCGCCGCCGCCGCCGCGCGCGAUCCAGCAGACGAGCCCUGCCUAUGCGCCGCCGCCCUCGCAACUCCAAUGGCCGCAGCCGUACCCAGCGCAACCGUUGAAGGAGGUGAACGCGGCAGGGAAUGCUUCGGAUACCCCUAAAGGAAGAGCCCCAGCUGGAACCAAAAGAAGAGGCGGUGCAGGAGGCCUGAACAAAGUAUGUGGCGUUUCACCUAAGUUACAAGCCAUUGUUGGGGAGCCAGCAUUACCAAGGACGGAGAUAGUGAGGCAGCUGUGGGCAUACAUUAGGAAACAUAACCUUCAGGAUCCAGCGAACAAGAGAAAUAUUAUCUGUGAUGAUGCUUUAAGAUUGGUCUUUGAAACAGACAUCACUGACAUGUUCAAGAUGAAUAAGUUGCUGGCAAAGCACAUCUUGCCGCUUGAUACAACAAAACAACUGGAUCAAUCUAAGAAAUUGAAGGUUGAAGAUGAUCCUGAGAAGCAAGACCCUAAUUCUGGUGAUAUUCCUGUGACGGUAUCAGAUGCACUUGCGAAAUUCUUUGGACCGGGAGAAAGAGAGAUGCUUCAGUCAGAUGCUUUGGGCCGUGUCUGGGAGUACAUAAAGGUUAACCAGCUGGAGGAUCCACUGAAUUCUAUGGUCAUCCAUUGUGAUGCAAAGCUUCAUGAACUAUUGGGAUGUGAAAGCAUAUCUGUACUGGGCAUUCAGGAGAUGCUUGUCCGCAGUCAUUUAUUGAAGAAAUCAUGAAUUCUAUAUAUGUGAAUGAACUUCUUGCUGGAGCUUUGAAGUAUGCCAUUUUAGACUAAAUUUAUUAAUUCUUCAUUUGACUUCAUUGAAUUUGUCAAAAGGAUCUUGAUUUUGUUCUUGCAUUUUUUGCAUAAUUUGUCAAAAGGAUCUUCAUUGACUUUAUUCGUGUUCAUUUUUUGCAGGUACUGUAACUGGGUAGUUGCUUAUGAUGACUUGACUGAUCCCACAAUAAAUAUGUAAUUUCUCGUUUCUUUUGAUUGUUGUCUCAUGGUUUUAGGUGUGUAAACUAUGAUUGUUAUGACUUAGUGCCCUUUGGCUGUGGGCUAGACGUGUUCUGUAAUUAUGGCAUGGCAUUUUACGCGGUUUAGGUUUCCCUUUUGUCUAUUUUCGCCUGUUAAUCUCGUCCAACUGAUGUCACUGUAAUGGGUAGGAAAAAAUGUUGUUGGUGAUAAUAUGUCUUUUGACACCUUUACCAUUGUUGUAUAUAUGCCAGCACUUUCUUAUAUGGGAUAAGUGAUUUUUCCUGCUCA